AUGAAUACUGUCGAUCCGAAUUGCUCUCAUGUACCAAGAUUGAUCGAUCUGGUCGCUCUUCCCCAUCGACCUGAAGAUGAGGAUACCCUUAUAUGUUCGAUUUUCGAGGCCCCAGGCCGCAAUUAUUUGAAGGAUUUAAUUGACUUUGGCCCAGCCUGGCUUGGAACUCCAAAUGUGCCCACCAUCGAUGGGGCUUCUUACGUUGACGGUGGCUGGGAUAUGUCUAAUAGUGUAUCGCAGAACGUACCCCUAACUACUUUCCUUGACUUCGCUAUUGGAGCUUGCGAAUGUCUAGAACUCAUGCACCAUGGAUUGAAAAGCGUUCAUGGCGAGCUCAGGGCAGACGCAUUUCACUACAAUCAAGAAACAGGCUCCGUGAAGCUCAUAAAUCUUGGUGCCGGGCCAAGGUCCUUUGAAAAUGGUCUGACGAGCAAUCGAUGGCUUGCACUCUCACAAGAGCUUGGUGUCAAGCACAAGCUGCAAUUCAUUGCACCGGAGCAGACAGGACGUAUGUCUACCGAACCGGAUUCAAGAACAGACAUCUAUUCCUUGGGAAUUGUCUUUUGGACCAUGCUAAGCGGUACACCUGCAUUCGAAGGUCAAAGCCCGAUCGAUGUUAUACAAGCAGUUCUCGCACGCCGGCUGCCCGCAGUAUCUUCGAUCCGCCUAGACAUCCCGGAUGCUGUCUCGAAUAUAAUCCAGCACAUGACCCAGAAACAGAUUGUGGACCGUUAUCAUUCUGCGAGUGGCCUCAAACACGAUCUAAUCGAAGUGAGAAGAUUGCUUGGGGAUGGGGAUUCUGAUGCAUUGGCUAAAUUCCAAAUCGGCACAAAAGAUGUAUCUUCCUUCUUUCUUUUGCCAUCACAGCAAUUUGGCCGUGAAGAAGCGCAUAAAACAUUGCUGAAAGUGAUCGACAAAGUUGGUCACCGCCGUCAUUCCACAGACCCGACAAUCACAGGCCUCCAAGGACUGGAAGCUGAAUCGACCUCGGCAUCUUCACAUAGAAACAGCGAGGAUCUGGUAACUCAAUCAAGCGAGACAAGUUCAGUCACCGGCAGCACUCCAGCAAUAGAGCCUCAUCGAUCAGACUCACUUCAACAGAGUAGUAGGUCAGGCGAGAUGCCUAAAUUAGGCUCCGCCAAAAUGGAAGGUCACACUUCAUUAAGAACGGGACUCUCUGGCUCAGCAAAAGGCACCACCCGGUCAGAUCAAUUCCCUAAGUCUGCAAAAGUGUUAGCUCAAGCGCCUCGACGAAGAGGAAGUCAUGGUUCUCGCCGGAAAAACCGUUGCGAGAUCGUGAUCAUUAAGGGUGAAGCUGGUGUCGGAAAAUCUAGCCUCAUGUGUGAUGUACAGCCACGGCUCAGAGAUUUUGGCUAUUUCGCAACAGCAAAGUUCGACUUUGCGAAAAAAGCACCAUUUGAACCCCUCUUGCAGGCCUUGGGCUCCCUCUUCCGUCAAAUCUUCUCAGAGAAUGAUGUCAAGACUGACUAUCACCAGUUGGUUGCAAACGGCAUACGCCCUUAUUGGCCAAUGGUAUGCGCUAUACUAGACCUCCCAGAAAGCUUGCUAUCAGAUACUAGGUCGUCCAGAGGCGUGCCUCAUGGGCUAAACUUACAUGGCUUUUCAAGAUCGUCACAAACCGAGUCGACAGAUGCUGGCAGCUCUUUAGGUGGCCAGAAUGUUAGUGUGACGGCCAGCGAAAUGUUGCGAGGCCCUACAAUCAGCGCUCGCUCCAUCAAGUUUACCACGGUAUACAUAGAGAUAUUGCGAAUAUUGUCAUCCUACAAACUCAUUUGCCUUUGCAUUGACAAUAUUCACCAUGCAGAUGAAGAAAGUCUCGAGUUGCUAUCCAACAUCAUGGAAAGAAAAUUAGGCAUCAUAAUAAUGGCUACCUGUCGCGCGACCGAGAUUUCUGCUACUACCAGCAAAGUCUUCAGUCAUAGCAGCGCAAAUUUGACCGAUAUCAAGCUUGAGCCUAUGACUGAGAAUACAGUCGUGGAUUACGUUGCUGCCAGUCUGUCACGCCCUCGUGAUUACGUGUUGCCACUCGCCAUCGUGUGCCUGGAGAAGACUGGAGGUAAUCCUUUCUACUUACGUCAAAUGCUUGAACUCUGCUACAAAAGAGGGGCUAUAUAUUAUUGCUGGCAGCAAUCAGCAUGGUGCUUUAAUCUAGACCGAGUCUUCGCGGAGUUCCAAUCGCCACAGUAUGGUCAGCAACUCAACAAAGAUUUCAUAACGCAAAGGCUACAAGAUUUACCGUUCAGCAGUCGAUCAAUCCUUGCUUGGGCAUCAUUGCUAGGAACGAGCUUUUCGUUUCGUCUCAUGCAGCGGUUAUUGAGUGGCGAAGGAUACCAUACUGACGACGAUAAACAGCCAGACUGCCCGAGGGCAGCUGAGUUGUCAAGUCCGCAAGCGGUUCCAAAUCUAGUCGAAGGGCUUGAAGCUGCAUUGCAGGCUUACAUAUUAGUUCCAGGAGACAGCGACGAUGAAUACAAUUUCUCACAUGAUAGGUAUAUCAAAGCGGCUGCUAGCUUACGCGAAUGCUCAAACACAGAACGAAUGCAUUUCAUUGUGGUCCAAACGAUGAUGAAAUAUAGCCAAGAUGAUACUAAAGCUCUUUAUGCAAAGGCCGAGCAUGCGCUGAAAGCAGCGAAUAUUAUCAAAAAUCGUAUUCAACACAGGAGACCUUACCGAAAUCUUCUUGCAGAGGCUGCAGAUAGAGCCAUUGAAUCUGGUGCCAGACCUACUGCUUUGCAAUACUACGAGACAUGCUUAGAUCUCUUGCAGAUUAAGCCAUGGGCUGAGAAUUUGGAAGAUACCGAUUAUGAAGAAACUAUGAAGCUUCACAUUAAGGCGGCAGAGCUAUGUUGGCAUCAGGAAAAGCUGUCACGGUCCCAAGAGCUAUUAGAUGGAAUAUUUGCUAAUGCUCGCAAUGAUGCAUUGAAAGCUCAAGCAUGUAUCGUCCAAUCCAAGUUACUUAGCCACCAAGGGAAUACCAAAGGAGCUUUGUGUGCUUUGAAGACGUCCCUCCUGGAAAGUGGUUGCAAUUUCACCACGCAGCCGACAUGGGACGACUGUGAUGAAGAAUACUUCAAGGUCAAAGAGCUAUUUCAGCAGAGUAGCAUCGAAAGUACAGUCCAUCGUCCAGUCAACUCUGAACCCCUCAUGAUCUCGAUGGGAGCCGUCCUGAUUGAGGCAAUCAGUGCCUCUUUCUGGACUGACGCUUUGUUGUUCUAUCAGCUCUGCGUCCAGGCGGCAAAAAUGCAGCUGACAUAUCAUCAGACGUGCAGCCAGAGUGGACUCGCCCUGGGAUACUUCUCCACGGCAAUCGUUGUACGUCAUGGGGAUAUCGCUUACGCUUUGCAGAUGUAUGAAGCCUCUCAGAAGCUACUGGACCUGAACAAAGACCCUUACACUCACGGUAGAGGUCUCGCCGUGGGUGGGCUUUUCAUGGGACACUUGUCUUCUCCUCUUCGAGAGACCGCUGAGAUCCUAUAUGCAUGCAUUGACUACUCGCAGGUCUCAGGAGACAAACAUCUAAUGCUCAUUGGCAUCGCUGGUGUUGCAUGUAUUAAGCUUUGUUCAGGCGACAACAUGAGCGACGUUGAGACUUACUGCACAAUUGCGGCCGAGGAUUUCGGUGACUGGACAUGUGAUCUUAGAGGUGGCGUUUUCAUUGUGGGUUGUCGGCCUCGCAUGAUAUAUGGGUCUUUUAUGCUCAUGGCCUUGUACAUUUUCGGACACUAUGAUAAAGCUACUCAAGUCGGAAACGAUAUUAUACCUCAAUUAGAUUCACUGUGGGGUUUCAGGACUACGCGAAUGGUCUACUAUUAUGCUGCACUAGCUAUCACUGCAAGGCUUCGGGAAGAUUCCUCUCUGCAGGUGCAAAAAGAGGACUUGCUAGGGAUCGUCGCAAAGUAUCAGGCCAAAAUCGAAGAGUGGCAAUCACAUUGUGAUGCAAAUUAUCUCAUGUGGGCAUUACUAAUCAAAGCCGAGCUGUGUGAAUUGCGACACCAGUAUCACGAUUCGAUUCAGGUCUAUGAGGCGGCAAUAGACCAUGCGCAAUUGUACGACUUCCACUUGGACCUCGCCGUCAUCCUCGAGAGUCAAGCUUGCUUCUUUGUGCGCAGAGGGGCCAGACGAGCCGCAGUCUCUACAAUGAAAGCCGCAAUGGCAGCAUAUUCUCGUCUUGGGGCUGCAGGUAAGGUCGGGCAGAUGGCCAUCAAGCACGAAUUUCUGCUCAGUAGCUUCAUGGCUAUGGGCAAUCAAGAUGCAGCUGUGCAGACAGACAACGGCAUCUUUGGCACGCGCGAUAUCAUUCAGCUUGAGGCGGACGACAGGGAUGAAUCAAGGAUUCAAAAUGGAGUGACUGCAGCAAUGAGGACAAAGGCUUGGAUAAGCCCGGGGCUUGAGGAUCAAUCCACCGGCCAAUCCACGACCGGAAAAGAUCUAGGACUUGACAUACUGGAUCUUACCAGUAUACUCAAAUUUAGUCAAGCCAUUUCCUCGGAAUUGAACAUCGACAAGCUGUUGAUCAAGAUGACAGAAAUCAUCAUAUCCUCUACCAGCUCCCAGGCUGACCUAGUCCACAUAAUUACUAAGAACGACGACGAAUGGUGUGUUGCAGUAAGUGGCAGUCUUGAUGGUAUACAAGCAAACGCUGUACCACUGCAAGACCUUCAAAAUAGCGCUCAGCAACAGAUCAUUGUCUACACUCAAAGAUUUCGAGAAGUGGUCUUUGUACAAAAUAUUGCCGAGGACGAACGAUUUUUGAACAUCGGGUUGCCUAGAUCUGUUCUUUGUUUACCGAUAUUACAAGGCAAGGAGAUGCUUGGCGUGCUUUACCUGGAGGGAAAGCCGCAUUCUUUCACUGAUAGAACGCUCAAUGUCUUGCAACUCUUUUGCAAUCAGAUAUCGAUAUCAAUAUCGAAUGCCCUCCUAUUUCGUAAGAUUGAGAAAGUCAACGCGUCAAACGCAAGCAUGGUCACUUCUCAAAAGCGCGCUCUUGCUCAAGCGCGGGAAGCAGAAAUGAAAGCCAAAAAGGCAGAAGCAGAAGCGAUGGAAAAUGUUCGACUCAAGGAAGAGGCCGCGAGGGUGAAGUCGAUAUUUCUUGCUAAUGUCUCUCAUGAGCUUCGCACACCUUUGAAUGGUGUAAUUGGCAUGAGUGAGCUUCUGAAAGGUACAAACCUAAAUGCAGAGCAAGAUAGCUAUGCCAAUAGCAUUCGGGUGUGUGCAGGUAAAUUAAACGUCGUCAUAGUAACAGAGAAUCAGAUACUAAUUUACCUAGACACCCUCUUAACCGUCAUCAAUGACAUACUCGAUUUCUCCAAGCUUGAAGCUGGAAAGAUGAAGCUUCACAGCGUGCCUCUCAACUUGAAGAGCACGAUUAUAGAGGUCGUCCGAGCGUUGUCGUUCACAAACCUGGAACGAGGUUUAGAGACCAUCGAAGAUCUUCAAUUGGAUCCGUAUCAACUUGUCAUGGGCGACCCUGUCAGACUGCAUCAGAUAUUUAUGAAUCUCCUUAGCAAUAGCUACAAAUUCACCUCCAAGGGGUCAGUCACGGUCAGCGCGAGGACAUUGCGCGAGGACGAGAAUAAUGUUGAGGUCACCUGUGGGAUCACAGACACGGGCAUUGGAAUCUCGCAAGAACAAGUCAACAGGCUUUUCAAACCAUUCUCGCAGGCUGAUAGCAGCACCCAAAGGUCCUAUGGGGGCAGUGGCCUCGGUCUGUCCAUUUGCAAAGCUUUAAUAAACGUCUUCAACGGCAACAUCUCUCUGGAAAGCCAAUUGGGACGUGGUACUACCGUUUCCUUCACCAUAGUCUUCCCAAAGGCGCCGAAGACAGCGAAAAUCGGAGACCUUAGUAGCGUACCAGCCCCUGAAGCCUCGGUGGCCAUUUGGUCUUCGGACAAGAUAUCCAGGGAGAAAGUCCACAUCGACAUAUCCAAGAUACCGCGCGAAAAGCUUCGCGUAUGUGUAGCAGAAGACAAUCCAAUAAACCAAAAGAUUGCCGUUUCUUUCGUCGGUAAACUCGGCUUCAAAUCCGAGGCCUUCAGCGAUGGCCUUCAAGCAGUCGAAGCGCUACAACGCGCAUCGAAAGAAGGCAAUCCCUUCCACCUCGUCCUGAUGGACUGCCAGAUGCCCGUACUAGAUGGAUACGACGCCACAAGGUUGAUACGAAAAGACGAUGAUCGUAAAGUACGCACAGUACUUAUCAUUGCGAUGACCGCAUCCGCUAUCCGAGGCGACAAGGAGAAAUGCCUCGAGGCAGGCAUGAACAAUUAUCUUCCGAAACCCGUGCGAGCCGCAGUAUUGAAGGAAAUGAUAGAGAAUUAUAUGAACCCGCAAACCCCGCAGCCACCGCUUGGAGACAUAACGGCAGUGAACGGUGCCGAAACUCAUGACUCAAAGACGACACCAACGCAGGAGAGCCAGUCAGCGAAGCGACCGACGUUUCUGCAGCGCAUGAAUAGUAGGAAUGAUGGGUCAUCGUCGGCAGAAACGAUCAAGAAAACCGAUGACAGUAAGACACCCAUGCCGGAGGAGAUGUCAAAGGAUGUAUUCGCCGAAGGUGCUGCAGAAAAGAGGCCGUCGGUUACGGCUCUGCACCGCAAGAUCGGUGAUAGCAAGGACAGCGACAGCGACGUAUCGCCUCGGACCAGUCGGGCUCGGGUGCCUCACUAA